AUGUCCAACCUAGCAUCAACCUACCGGAAGCAGGGUCGAUGGAAUGAAGCUGAGAAGCUGGAGGUGCAAGUGAUGGAGAUGAGGAAGACUGUGCUAGGGACUGAACAUCCUGAUACUCUUAUCAGCAUAGCAAAUCUAGCAUCAACCUACUGGAAGCAGGGUCGAUGGAAUGAAGCUGAGAAGCUGGAGGUGCAAGUGGUGGAGAUUUCUAAGACAGUACUAGGUGCUGAGCAUCCCUCUACUCUGACUAGCAUAUCCAAUCUAGCAUCAACCUACCGGAAGCAGGGUCGAUGGAAUGAAGCUGAGAAGCUGGAGGUGCAAGUGAUGGAGACUUCUAAGACAGUGCUGGGCGCUGAGCAUCCUGACACUCUGACCAGCAUGGAAAUCUCAAAGAAGGCUUCCAGAUGCCUUGGCUCUACUUGA